CAGUGCUGGGAGCCAGCACAGCACAGAUCCCUCUGACUGGACCCGAGGGCAAACCCGGCAGCACCCCACAUAGAUGAAAGCAAAGAGAAGCUACAAAACUCCAGCCAUGUCCACAUCCCUGCGAGUGAGCCCCUCGGUCCACGGCUACCGCUUUGACACAGCCCUGCGCAAGAAAGCCGUGGCCAACAUCUUUGAAAGCAUCAACGAAGAGUCCCUACAGAAACUCUUCAAAAACUCCGGCGACAAGAAGGCAGAGGAAAGAGCCAAGAUAAUCCUCGCCACCGACCAGGACUUGGAGGAGAAAACGAGAGCGCUAAUGGCGCUAAAGCAGAGGCGAAAAGACAAGCUGCUCCAGUUCCUGACAUUUCGGAAAUACUCCAUUAAAGUUCACUGAACCGGCGCAGGGAGCAGAAAUGGAGGAGACCACUUCGGGACAGGACUGUUUGUGACCUCCUACCACUCGCGGCACGCUCCGCUGCCCCACGAGCUGCUGGCGGGACGGGGGACCUGACAGACGGCCCCGCAGGGCUUCAGCCCCACCGAGCAGGCAGCAAACCGCGGCGCCGAUGGCAGAAUCGGCGCCGACGGCAGAAUCGGCGCCGACGGCAGAAUCGGUGCGGACGGCGGGGUGGUGGCCGGAGGCUCCCGGAGGGAGGGCAGCUCCCGGCUGGAGGCACCAGGCUCCGACGGGCGGCCGUGGGAGCGAGCGUCAGGGGGACCCCGCGUGCCUGGGCACGACUCGAGAGAACUUCUGACGGACUCGGUGUUCGCUGACUUCAGCUGCGCGCUUUGCCUUUUCAAACUUGUUUCCUUAAAGUCUGAGCCCUUGCUAAGCCUCGCUGUUGGGGGCUAGGAGGGAGGUUCUAGAGACUGAUCAGCUACUGAUCAUGGAUCACUUUGCAUUUGUUAAAAUGCACCUAAGUGCACCGGGUGGGUGCAGUAAGUUCAACAACUUUCAGGGAAUGCAUUUGCUCUAGAGACACACUAUGCAACUGUACCUUUUCUUUCUCAAGCUGUAUGUGUGCAGUCUAAAUUGUUUGCACAAAACCAAUAAUAAUGACAUAUUUCCCUGAAUUUACUGUGAAGUUCCUUAAUAUUUUGUUCACUUCCCAUUAACGCUAAAAAUCUGAAGAUCAUAACUACAGUUCUUAUUUGUAUAGAUUACAAUAGCUGUUAGACAAAUACUUCAUGGUAAUAUUUUAUGACAAUGUUAUUAUUAUAACAACUAUAAUUUAUUGCAUAUGGUGAUCUGAACUUUAAUAAAUUAUGAAGUAAAUAUAAA